AGCUUCCGGCUUCUUCCUAUUGUAUGAGAUUAACAAAACAGAUACAGUCGGUACUACAGUGAGUAGAUAUUAUAGUUAUAUAGAGGGUACAGUUCAUCCCUUAGACAGUUUUUUCUCUUUGCCUGGACGUUUCGCCUCUUGUUUAUCGUGUAGGAUUAACUAGGAACUGUCGACUGUCAACUAAAGUAGAUUAUUUUAGCUCGAAGCGGAUUGCAGCCAUGAUGGCGUCAAGCUACAACGCUAAGGAAGAGGACGGACACCCCUCGGGUGCUUCGAACCACGGAGGCGCAGUGGCAGCGAAAAGUAAAAAGCCGGAUAACACUGCGUUCAAGCAGCAGAGACUACCAGCCUGGCAGCCCAUCCUGACAGCAGGCACCGUGCUGCCUGCUUUCUUCGUAAUCGGUCUCAUCUUCAUCCCCAUCGGCAUCGGCCUGUAUGUUUCAUCAAACAACAUCAAAGAGUUCAAGAUUGAUUACACUGGUGUGGAGAGUUCCGAUCCAUGCUACAGCUGUGCAAAGAACUUUAGCUGGAACAGCACAACACCAUGUGUCUGCUCUUUGUCCUUCACAUUGAAGCAGCCAUUUGAGAGCAAUGUCUUUAUGUACUACGGCUUAUCCAACUUCUAUCAGAACCACAGACGCUAUGUGAAGUCCAGGGAUGACAGCCAACUGAAUGGUGACCUGUCUGCUUUGAAGAACCCCAGCAAGGAAUGUGAACCGUACCGUACAAGUGAAGGACUGCCCAUUGCUCCAUGUGGGGCCAUAGCGAACAGCCUUUUCAAUGACACUCUGGAGCUGUAUUAUAUUGAUUCCAAUGGCACCAGAAAUGCAAUUCCGCUGGUAAAGAAAGGCAUUGCAUGGUGGACAGACAAGCACGUGAAGUUCAGGAAUCCUGGUGGAAACAACAACCUUACUGCAGCUUUCCAAGGCACCAAUAAGCCAGUGAACUGGAGAAAGCCAGUGUACGAGUUGGACCCAACAGAUUCUGAGAACAACGGCUUUAUCAAUGAGGACUUCAUUGUGUGGAUGCGCACGGCUGCGUUGCCUACCUUUCGCAAGCUCUAUCGCAUCAUCCAGAAGAAGUCUAGCACAAUCCCCACUCUACCCAGUGGCAAUUACGCCUUGGACAUCACUUACAAUUACCCAGUGCUCAGCUUUGAUGGUCGCAAGCGCAUGAUCCUGAGUACCAUCUCCUGGAUGGGAGGAAAGAACCCCUUCCUUGGCAUUGCCUACAUCACCGUGGGCUCGAUCUGCUUCUUCCUGGGUGUGGUUCUGCUCAUCAUCCACCAUAAAUAUGACACCCGUAACACCAGUGCAGAUAUUCCAAGUUAAUCUGUUCGUGUAUCGCGUUUCCGUGUCUCUGCAUGCAUGGAUGAACCCAAGGGGAUGCGUUCUGGAACGCUUGUAGAUUAUUUAAAUUUUUUUUGCCGUGAAUACACUGGUCUGUGUUAUUGUCUGUUGUGUGUUUGUGCAAGGACAGCAGUGUCUUAAGUGUUUCAUCAAAAGCUGUGUUUAAGUGUAACUAAGGCAAAAGAUUGGUGCUAGAGUCUGUCUCUGUGCACAUACCUUCAUGUCAGCAGCUGAGAAUGUCAUUGUCCUGUCUUCAAAAGAAAGUUUUUAUCUUCUAUUUGUCUUUACAUUAUAAACGUAUGUUUUAUUUUAGCAGUGCUUCGCGAAUGGCUUAGUUAUUAAAGGAUGUAAGUAUUUUAAACGCAAGUUUUUGUCCAUACUCUGUACUGUAAUAUGUCCUGCUGAUGAAUGUACCAUUAUAUUUCAUUGACAUACCUCUGUGGUCUUUGAGAUUACCUUGAAUAUAGGAUGGCAUAGUCAUUGCUUGUGUGCCGUUUAUUAUGGUAAACAUUGAUGUGUAACAAGAAGAAUUUUAUCCUUGGAGAGUCCAAGAAUACUCAUGACAAGUUGUACCAAAAAUGGGGAUCCUCACUGUUGUGACUGGUUCUAUAAAGAGACUGAGCCAGUCAUUUGGCAUCUUUUUAAAUUUAGACUCUAAUGCUUAUUAAUGAUAAUGUUAACCUAUACCACUAUAUCCAGUAUUCUCAGCUCUAAAACUCUGGGUAGCAUCUCUGCGUUCUUCAAUGUUGACCAAAUGAUAUGCACUUUAAAAGUGUCAUGUUUGUUCAUUUUCCCCCUUGUUUCACUUCAUCUUCUGUUAAAAUAUUACGAUCCUGAUUCAUUUAUAUUAAGUAAAUUGUUUGAACUAUAAAUUUAUGGGUUUUAUAAGGUUUGUAGGGUCGAAUUAAACAACUUCCUGACUGUA